AUGGUAGAUGGGUUGAGGAAGGUUAAUGAUGAUGACAGUGUUAGGGAGAUGAUAGAUAUGGCACUUAAGUAUAGGGGUGUGGAGGUGUAUGCUGUACAUGGUGAUAAUGACCCUAUGCCCUUCCUUUCUGAACUUCAGCUAACUCCCUCCAAACAGCCCAAAACUGUGAGACCCAAAAAACUUCCUAUAAAGAGGGGACCACCAGUAAGAUCUAGUCCAAGGAAGAAAAGUCAGACAUUGACUAUUUGUGAACCUUCCCAAAAAGCCCUUGACAGCUCAUUAAAGGCCAAAAAAGAUGCUCCCACUGCAUUUGUUCCCACUCCACCAACCAAUACCUUAUCCAACCAAAAUUACAGUUCUGAGAGUGAAAAAGAUGACCCUAUUUACAAACCAGAAGUAGAUAAAGGGAAAGGGGGUGGAGAAGCUGCAGAUGGGGAAGAAGUAGAAGGUUUGGAGGAUUUAGAGGCAGAGUUGGAUAAGGAAAGGGAGGAGAUCUUAGAUGAUGAGCUGCAAUACCAAUCUGAAAGUGAGGAUGAGGAGUACACUUUAGCUAGGAAAAGGGCUAGAGAUAUAACAUCUAACCUAAUUGACAUUGCAAAACAAAUCCAAAAAGAAGCAGCAAAGUGCCUGAACAAAGAGGAGGAGGAGGAGGAAAGAGCAGCUGGUGACAGGGCAAAAGUGGGUGAGGGUACAAGCACUGAAGUUUGUGAGGGUUCUAGUCCACACAGUGAUUAUGAGCAAAGUGAUGAGGAGUUUCAUACUCCACCUGACAGUGAUGAAGAGGAUUUACUUCUUGAAGGAAAAGGAAGUCAGGGCUAUUAG